AUGGCGGCGUCCACCGAACAGAACCUAGGAGGCGCAGAGGAGGCCAAGGUGGAAGAGGAACCGCGAGUUCUGGAACCCGGGGCCGCCCCGUUCGGAAAUUUCCCUCAUUAUUCCCGCUUCCACUCCCCAGAGCAGCGGCUCCGCCUCCUGCCUCCGGAGCUGCUCAGCCGGCUCUUCCCUCAGGGUCCCGAGAAGAAGCCGAUUCUGGGGCUGGACGUGGGGUGUAACUCCGGGGAUCUAAGUGUGGCUCUGUACAAACACUUCCUUUUCCUACGUGAUGGGGAGACCCACUCAGAUGCCUCAAGAGAACUCCGUCUCCUCUGCUGCGACAUAGAUCCAGUCCUGGUGGAGCGAGCUAAAAAAGAAUGCCCUUUUCCUGAUGCCUUGACUUUUAUUACCCUGGACUUCAUGAAUCAAAGGAGCCGGAAAGUUCUCUUGAGCUCUUUCUUAAGCCAGUUUGGGCGCUCAGUUUUUGACAUUGGCUUCUGCAUGUCCAUAACCAUGUGGAUUCAUCUGAACCAUGGGGACCACGGCCUGUGGGAGUUUCUGGCUCACCUCUCCUCCCUCUGCCACUACCUCCUUGUGGAGCCACAGCCCUGGAAAUGCUAUCGGGCAGCUGCAAGGCGUCUUCGAAAGUUGGGCCUCCAUGAUUUUGACCACUUCCAUUCCCUUGCCAUCCGAGGUGAUAUGGCCAGUCAGAUUGUGCAGAUCUUGACCCAGGACCAUGGCAUGGAAUUAGUAUGCUGCUUUGGCAACACCAGCUGGGACCGAAGCCUUCUGCUCUUCAGGGGAAAACAAACCACAGAGACUCAUCCAAUCCUGAAUUACUGAUAGAAGG